UCACCGUAUGGAACACCGCAGUUGCAGUUUUCCUCCGCCACUGUAUGGAGUCGCUUGCAGACGUACCGCAGAACACGAAACGUACUUUCAGGAGAACACGAAACAUCGCCAACAUGAAAGAGCUGUCGCUUUUGUUAAUGCUGACGACGAUCGUAAUCACGGAAGCAGAGGCCAUGAAUAAAUGUCAAGAUCUGUUUAAGUCAGUGGAGAACGCAAACACCGCGCGGUACAGGGAAUAUUGCAUCGAAAAAUACAAGCUUCCUAUAACAGUUGGUGAAGGGGCAGACGACAAUGUCUUCAUUCGUGGUUAUUGGAGGUUAAAUGCAGAUCAGAAGAAAGCGUUAACUUUGUGCGUUUUCCGUGAAGAAGGGUUUCUAACGGCUGACAAACAGUUCAAUGCCACAGCCGUGAAGUCGCAGGUGACGGAGGCGCUGCGGCGAGUCGAAAAGUCCCCGGAGAGAGACGCCGUGACAACCGCCAUUUCGACAGAUGCGUGUCGUUUACAAGAUGGCGAUCCUGACGUGAUGGACACCCUCAAGUUCAUGAUAUGCUUGAAGGCAGCCUGUUCAACAGCAGUGGCUUCCCCACCUGACGCAGAAUUACUUCCGUUAUGAGUAUUUCAUGUUGGUGAUAGUCUGUGUAAUUUACUUUUUUAGUAUGUAAGAUUGUUUUAUUACUUUUGAUGAUUUUAAAUAAUAUUAGCUACAUUUUCUACGAUUUUUAUUAUCAUUCAUCAUCUUAAUUACUACAGCCAAUACUUAUACUUAUGGUAUUCUACAUUUUAAACUCAGUGA